UCUCUCUCUUUGAUGAUGGGGGUAUUUCUAUUCUGUGGGGGCUGUGAGCUCAGCGAGUUUGUUUCUGUGUCUAUAAUCCCCCCUCUCUGGGCGCCAGCAUAUAAAAGCUUCAAUGGGCCCGGCGCACUCUUGCACAGAGCACCAGUCUCAGCCCUGAGUCCUACUCCUUUACGCACACACACUGCCACAGUAAUCAUGUCUUCUGGGGGAGAUAAAUCCAAGUCUGCUUCUCAGACUGACGGGAAGGCGGCUCAGAACAAGAUGUCUGAGAUGGGCAUGAUGUCCUACAAGAUGCGCGUGUUUGACCAGGAGAACUUCCAGGGACGCUGCAUUGAGAUCACUGGGGAGUGUAUGAGUGUGUGUGACAUGGGAAUGGACAAGGUGCGCUCCCUGCGUGUCGACAGCGGCCCUUUCGUGGGCUUCGAGCAGAUGAACCUCUGCGGUGAGAUGUUCAUCCUGGAGAAGGGAGAGUAUCCCCGCUGGGACUCCUGGAGCAACUGCCAGAAAAACGACUAUCUGCUGUCCUUCAGACCUGUCCGCAUGGACCCCGAGAAGCACAAAAUCUGCCUGUACGAGGUCGGAGAGUUCAAGGGCCGCAAGAUGGAGAUCAUGGACGAUGAUGUCCCCAGCCUGUUCUCCUACGGUUUCACCGACAGGGUUGGCAGCAUCAUGGUCAGCUGUGGAACUUUUGUGGGCUACCAGUUCCCCGGUUACCGUGGCAGCCAGUACCUGCUGGAGAAGGGCGAAUUCAGACACUUCAAUGAGUUUGGCGCCCGCUGCCCCCAGAUGCAGUCCAUCAGGCGCAUCCGCGACAUGCAGUGGCACCCACACGGCUGCUACACCAUGUCCAGCAAGUGAAACCUGGCGAGGGCGAGGAAGAGAGGGAUCGGAGGAGAGACGCAGCAUAGAGAGAAAGGGGAAAGUGAAGAAGGGAGGGUCAAAAAGGAGAGGAGGAGGGAAAGGGUGUAAUACUCCUCCUCUGAACAACCUCUGGGCCGUUAAGGGGCAGGAUGGAGGGAAUUCAUUUUCACAGGGUAUUUUUAGUUCUUUCAACAAUGUAAUCAAAGUAUAGAGGGAGAUAUUUACAUAGAUCACUAAACCAACUAUGCACCCUUUUUUUGCGCUCCCUCUCACAUCAUCUCUGUUCGUCAGCUUGCUUCUCCCCACUCUCCUCCCUCCUCCCCUCGCUUCCUCCCUCCCCCUCAAACUUCGCUUUCACAUCACGUCAGCCCC